GACUUCGCUCUCAGUCCGCCGGCAGCCCUUUGCCCGCCUAGCCUUCUUUCCUUCCUCCUCCUCCUCCUCUUCCUCCUCCGCCUGCCGGCCUCGUAGCACCACCACCAGCACCACCAGCAGCAGCAUCAUGACCGACGCGGCCAUCUCCUUCCUCAAGGACUUCUUGGCGGGUGGCGUGGCGGCUGCGAUCUCCAAGACCGCCGUGGCCCCCAUCGAGAGGGUCAAGCUCCUGCUCCAGGUGCAACAUGCCAGCAUGCAGAUCACGGCCGAGAAGCAGUACAAGGGCAUCAUCGAUUGUGUGGUGCGAAUCCCCAAGGAGCAAGGGUUCCUCUCCUUUUGGCGGGGCAACCUAGCCAACGUCAUCCGCUACUUCCCCACGCAAGCCCUAAACUUUGCCUUCAAAGACAAGUACAAGCAAGUCUUCUUGGGCGGCGUUGACAAAAGAACCCAGUUUUGGCGUUACUUUGCGGGCAACUUGGCGUCGGGGGGCGCUGCUGGCGCCACGUCACUCUGCUUUGUCUACCCUCUCGAUUUCGCCCGUACCCGUCUGGCGGCAGACGUGGGCAAAGCUGGAGCUGAACGAGAAUUCAAAGGUCUCGGCGACUGCUUGGUGAAGAUCUUCAAGUCCGAUGGCCUUCGGGGGCUCUACCAAGGCUUCAAUGUCUCUGUCCAAGGAAUCAUCAUCUACAGAGCAGCGUAUUUUGGCGUUUACGACACCGCCAAAGGAAUGCUUCCCGACCCAAAGAACACUCACAUCUUAAUCAGCUGGAUGAUCGCGCAGACGGUAACGGCUGUUGCAGGAUUGACCUCAUAUCCCUUCGACACCGUCCGGCGGAGAAUGAUGAUGCAAUCUGGUCGCAAAGGAGCUGACAUCAUGUACUCGGGAACAAUUGAUUGCUGGCGGAAGAUUGCCCGGGACGAAGGCGGGAAAGCGUUUUUCAAGGGCGCAUGGUCCAACGUGCUCAGAGGAAUGGGAGGUGCUUUCGUCUUAGUCUUGUACGACGAAAUCAAGAAAUUCACAUAAGCUGAAACCCCAACACCCCACCCCACUCCUUAGACGACCCUUCCCACGUAAUAUUCCAUGGACUUGCAUCAAAACUAUUUAUCGUUUCCCUCCCUCCUCCCCGCCCCCCCACACGGGAGGUUGUCUCUUUAGUUGAUGGAGAGGCCAUAAUUUUACUUGCCUGACCCCCCCCCACCUCGUUCUCAAGUCAUUCCUUUGACGAUGGGACUCAAACUUUAUUUUUAUUCAGUCACUCCUGUUAAAAUAAGUUUGAGAAAUAAAAUGGGGAGAAAAAACGGUACCCAAA